AAAACAUCUUGCGCGUAUCUCAACGUUCAAAAUACAAACAUGGGAAUCAUUGAAAGAUCUCUUUGAUUGAAAAAGUAUUAUUCAUAUAAUACAUUAAUUACACUAAAAUCCAAUGAAAUUUCAAAAUGACGGUAUUUUGAUUUGGUUUUAAAUCGUUAAAAACGCUUUGCAGAACGAUCUAAAAAACAAUUUAUACAGUUUUUGUCAUUUCGAGGGGACUGACAGCAAGCUUUCUUUGCCAGAGAUGGCGACUGUGGCAGUGGCCGUCAAAAGCGGCGGCGGCACCCUCGGGGAAGACGGAAGCCGCGGAGCUGUCAAGUGGGCGGUGGAGAAUCUCAUGGAUAAAGCCACGCGUUUCGUCCUUGUUUACGUCGUGCCUACGAUCAAUUCAAUUCCCACUCCAUCCGGAGACGCUAUCCCCAUCGAGCAAGUGGAUGCCCAUACGGUGAACAUGUAUAUGCAGGACCAAAAACGUGCUUGUCAGGAGAUAUUUGUACCAUUUAAGAAACUAUGCAGAAGAAAAAAGAUUGAAACUGCGGUGCUGGAAUGCGACAAUACUGCAUCAGCUCUUCUUCAAUAUGUUUCUGCCUCUGGCAUAAGCAGUUUAGUGUUGGGCAUUCGCACUACCAAUUUCAUCCCGAGGAAGAUAAAAGAUUCUACUGUGCCGCGGGCAGUCCUAAAAAAUGCUCCUGAAACUUGCAAAAUUUAUGUUGUGUCAAAAGGCAAGCUCCUCAACAAUCCUGGCUCGUCCUUGUCAACUGGUGAGAGCAGCUCUAGAGGCGGGAGCUCCACCCACAGAGAGAGAAGUUCUCUUCGCAACUCUGAUUUAGGUAGUAGCAUUUAUGCUUUCUCGGCGGUGUCCUCUGAAUCAGAUCUUAGUCACUUGAAUUCUAUGGCAAUCGGACAACUGACGCAUCCCAACCAUUCUGGUUCACCCCCAGAAAUAAAUCAUCAAAGCUUGGGAAAUAGUAUCCUAGAAAUUGACUCAGUAAAUGAAUGUCGUUCUGUGGCUUCAACAGAAACAAAGCAGUCGGAUUUGCAGGCUGACGCAGAAGAACUGGGUCUAGAAUUAAAUAGUGGCCGUUAUUCUUCCACAGUGGAUCACGAAGUUAAUGACACAGUGACUUCUUCGUCAGAUCUUAGUUACUUGAAUUCUAAAGCUACGGCAGAAAAAAGGUAUCCCAACCACAUCAGUUCACUCCAAGAAAGAAAUCAUCGAAACUCGGGAAAUACUAUCCUAGGAGUUGAGCAAGAAGAUGAAUGUCCUUCUAUGGCUGAGACGGAAACGCAUGCUGAGGUAGAACAACUGCGUAAAGAAUUAAUGAACACUGUUGGCCUGUACAAUCGAGCUUUUGAGGACUUUGUCCACGCCCAAAAUGAGGUUCACUUUCUUUCUUCCGAAUGCCUUGAAGAAGAAAGACAAGUAAAUGCCGCCUUGCGAAGAGAAGAAGUUUACAAGAAAAUUGCGGCAGAUGAGAAAAGGAAGCAUUUGGAAGCCAUGAAGGAGAUUGAGGAGGCAAGCAAGUUGCUUGCUAAAGAGGCUUAUGAAAAGAAAAUAGCAGAAAGGAAAGCUGCCCAAGAAUCUUUGGAGAAAAAGAAAAUCAUGGAUGCACUCUUGUCAAAUGACAGAAGGUACAAAAGGUACACAAGGGAUGAAAUAGAGAAAGCUACUGAUUCCUUCUCUGAGGCCAGGCUGAUUGGUGAAGGAUCAUACGGCAAAGUUUACCGAUGCUUUCUCGAUAAAACCCCGGUAGCUGUCAAAGUUCUGCAUUGUUCUGAUGCAUCGGAGAAGAAAAAGGAAUUUCUGACAGAGAUUGAAGUACUUUGCAAGCUACGCCACCCCCACAUUGUUUUACUGCUUGGAGCUUGUCCAGAGAUUGGUUGCUUGGUAUUUGAAUAUAUGGAAAACGGAAGCCUAGAAGAUUUCCUUUCUGAAAAAAGCAGCAAGCAUCCUCUUCCUUGGUUUGUUCGAUUUCGGAUAGCAUUUGAAGUAGCUUGUGGACUUGCAUUUUUGCACAACACAAAACCAGAUCCCAUUAUCCAUCGAGAUCUAAAACCAGGAAAUAUAUUUCUGGACAGAAAUUAUGUGAGCAAAAUUGGUGAUGUGGGAUUGGCUAAACUUGUUUCAAAUGUUGCGCCUGACAAUAUCACAGCAUAUAGUGACUCUAUAAUAUUUGGUUCUCUUUACUAUGUGGAUCCAGAGUAUCACAGAACCGGAACUGUCCGACCUAAAUCUGAUCUAUAUGCUUUUGGAAUCAUUGUCCUCCAAUUGUUGGCCGCUCAACAUCCAGAUGGGCUUUUGUUGAAAUUUGAAGCUGCUCUUUCUAAUGGUUUGCUCUCUGAUAUACUCGACAAAUCUAUAUUGGAUUGGCCACCUGCCGAAGUGGAGGAGCUGGCUCACAUGGCCCUGAAAUGCUCCAGACUUCGAUGCAGAGAUAGGCCGGAUCUUGAAAACGAAGUGUUGCCGCUUUUGAAGAGACUUGCUGAUAUGGCAGAUGACACUUCAAGAGUACAAAGGAAUAGUAUUCAUCCACCUAACCACUACUUCUGCCCAAUACUUCAGGUAGUAAUGGAGGAUCCAUACAUUGCCGCGGAUGGUUUUACAUACGAGCGCAGAGAAAUCAAAGCAUGGCUUAAGAAACACAGUUCUUCGCCGGUGACAAAGGUUAGGCUGAAGCAUAAAGUGCUCAUUCAAAACCAUACAUUACGUUCUGCCAUAGAGGAUUGGAGGUCACAAGCAGCAUCCUCAUCUGGUUAAGUAUCAGUAGUUGAUGUGUAUAACUCGAAGCUAGCAUUUUAUUUCACAAAGCAUGUUUCAAGUGAAGAAUUUCUAUGUAGACAAAUGCGAUGUAAGGUUUUCUAGCUGAGAGGAAGAACCUGUUGGUACGAUUAUUUAACCUCAGCUAUACAGAAGUGUGUGUUGCGUAUCUUCA